UCAGAGAGCAUGCCGCCUCAUAAUUAACAACAUCUUUAGCAAUUUAUCGUUUAUUUGAUCAAUAAACUUGAGUAUUUUCGAAGAUUUUAUUAAGUAAAAAGUAAAGACUUAUUGUUUGUGGAUUAUAAACACUUGGUUUUUAAAGUCAGUUCUUAAUGAAUGCAUCAUGCGAAGUGAGAAUGAGGUGGUGUCUCGCAAGACUCUCCGGACGCCCAAGUGUGCGAGGUGUCGGAACCACGGAGUGAUAUCUUGUCUGAAGGGACACAAGAGACUGUGUCGGUGGAGAGACUGCCGGUGUCCUGGAUGUUUGCUGGUGCUGGAGAGACAGCGUGUCAUGGCAGCUCAGGUGGCAUUACGCCGUCAGCAAAGCGCCGGGGGCAUCGCUCGUGACGGAGAAGCUGCGGCGCUCGCGGCGAGGAAGCGAGCUUAUCGUGCACGGCUCAGGUGCAUGCAAAUGUCGCGCACCUAUCCCGUGCAGACUACUAGCUAUGGAAUAUAUCAACAAAGCAUUGAUCCGUCGUGGUCGGAACGGGUUCGCAAGCGUCGUGCGUUCGCGGACGCAUCCUUGGACUCUCCGACCUCUGUGCCGUCUCAGCCUCUCGUUGAACCUGUAGCGCCUGCUUCCAUGUUCUGCACACACCUCUUAGCUGCCCUGCUUAACUACACGCCCCAAACCCAAACGCGUCCAAAGAUAUCAUUCUCCAUCGAAUCCAUUAUAGGCGUACAAUAAGAAGUCUUACAAUAAAUAUAUAAGCUGAUUUAUUUAAUUAUCAGAGGUAGAAAAAACGUUUCAAAUAGUGAUUAUUAUGUUUAAGAAAUAAAACUGAAUGUUUAAUAGAUUUAAGGCUGUCAUUGCUAUCUUCAAAUGUCCACAAUAAGUUUAGGUCAUAUUUAUUGCCCGGAGGUGUUAACGAUGACGUGAAUCUUGGAACGAUUGACAGAUGGUGAACAAAUUUGGUCCUUCAAGAAUACGCAGCACGUCAAGUGUAGGUCAGUUGGCGCUAAAAUAUGACAAAGAAUAUAUUCAAAUGGGGCGCUGUUGUCGCUAAAUGGGGCGCUGUUGUCGCUAAAAGAGGCGCUAUUGGCAUUUUGUUAACUUGAUAAUAUUGUCAUCACAUUAUGGAGCUAGAUCUAUAGAUAUCAAAUAUAUUUCACAAAAUCAAUUAAUUACGCUAGAAACGAUUGCGUAACAAUUAUGUAAUUAAAUAUGUAACUUCUCAUAUUAGUUAUGAUUGAUUACUUUUUCUCUCGUCGAACAAUUUACGAAACCUUUUGUGAGCUAACUUGUCAUAUUGUAUAUUUGAAUUGAAUUAAAUGUAAUAUAUUCCUUAUUAUUAUUGACGAUCGAAAUGUAAUUAUUGUUUUGAAAUAAGUAAUUAAUUUUGUUGAAAAAGAUGUAGGUAGAUACAUAGGCACAAGUUAUCCAAAAAAGUGCAGCGGAUGUAAGUCGAGGCUAAUAGCUAUGAUCUGUACCAAAUGUGUUAUUUUUACAUAAUUAUAAGAUAUGAAUAUUAUAUAAAAUGCGAAAUAAUAAUAUAAAUCACAACAUACGAUAAGUUGAAAUAAAGAAUUAGGUACAUUA